UCUGAGGCUGGAGCGCGCGGCGCCGGAGGCCUCCCCACUGCGGAACCCGGCGGGGAGGGGAGGGCGGCCUGGGGCGGGCGCCCCGCGCCGGAAGCGUGCCGGUCGCGCUGGGGUGGCCGCGGACAUGUGGAAGAUGUCCUUCAAGAAGGAAACUCCACUUGCCAACGCCGCAUUCUGGGCAGCAAGAAGAGGCAACCUGGCUCUGCUCAGGCUGUUGUUGAACAGCGGUCGGGUGGAUGUGGACUGCAGGGACAGUCAUGGCACCACGCUCCUCAUGGUCGCCUCCUAUGCUGGUCACAUAGACUGUGUGAGGGAACUGGUUCUGCAAGGAGCAGACAUCAAUCUCCAGAGAGAGUCAGGUACAACUGCCCUGUUCUUUGCUGCCCAGCAAGGACAUAAUGACGUCGUGAGAUUUCUCUUUGAAUUUGGAGCAUCCAGUGAAUUUAGGACCAAAGAUGGGGGCACGGCCCUGUUGGCUGCCAGUCAGUACGGGCACAUGCGGGUGGUGGAGACGUUGCUGAAGCAUGGAGCCAACAUCCACGACCAACUCUACGAUGGAGCCACUUCUCUCUUCCUCGCUGCCCAAGGUGGCUACUUGGAUGUGAUUCGAUUAUUGUUGUCUUCAGGAGCAAAAGUCAACCAGCCAAGGCAGGACGGGACGGCGCCACUGUGGAUCGCGUCGCAGAUGGGCCACAGCGAGGUGGUGAGGGUGAUGCUGCUGCGCGGAGCCGACCGGGAUGCCGCCCGCAACGAUGGUACAACAGCAUUACUCAAAGCAGCCAACAAAGGCUAUAACGAUGUUAUAGAAGAGUUGCUGAAAUUCUCACCCACCCUUGGUAUUUUGAAGAAUGGGACAUCGGCCCUCCACGCGGCAGUCCUCAGUGGGAAUACUAAAACAGUCGCGCUGCUCCUGGAAGCAGGGGCGGACCCAGCCCUGAGAAACAAGAUACCUGUCCUGAAUCUCAGGUCCCUAGCGGACACGCUGCCCCAUACUAAUUAAAUAUAAAGUAUCAAAUUUAACAUUACCGGGCGUCUGGGUGGCUCAGUUGGUUGAGCGACUGCCUUUGGCUCAGGUCAUGAUCCCAGGGUCCUGGGAUCGAGUCCCACAUCGGGCUCCCUGCUCUGCGGGGAGCCUGCUUCUCCCUCUCCCACUCCCCCUGCUUGUGUUCCCUCUCUCGCUGUGUCUCUCUCUGUCAAAUAAAUAAAUAAAAUCUUUUAAAAAAAAAAAAUUAACAUUACCAGUAUUUAUUGAGGACAUACUAGAUGCACCAGGCAUUGUGCUGGAAAUGAGGAUACGACGAUUAAUCAUACAUGGACCCUGGCCUCCAGGGGAUCACAAUGUACUAGAGAUAUGGCUUAGAAAAAUAACUCUAACGAUGAGAUAAGAAAAUAGCAGAUGAUAUUUAUAUGAUUAAAGGAGACCUUUAAGGCCUUAAAACAAGAGUGAGUCCAGUGGGGUUUUUCACCAGCAGAGGAGCAAGUUUGGGUGAGGGGCCCCUCUUUGGAGUCCCUAAAACCAUCCCAACUGUGAGAAUUCACCAAUGCCUGUCUUGUCUUCUUUCAGGCCAAUGAACUUCCGGCAGAACUAACCAAAAAUGAACGUAUACUGCGUCUCCUCCGAAGUAAAGAAGGACACAGGAAGAGCUAACUUAGUUCCAUAUUUCACUGAAAGAUAGAAACCCCAUUGCCCAAAAAGAAAUUGCUUUUCAAAUAGUGUUGGAAAUUCCUUUAAGCAAGGAAAUGCCCAGAAUGCCCACCCUGGGUCCCUGACCAAGGAGAGCUGGGCUCUGUGCCCCGAGUCAAGAACAGAAAGGCUCAGGGACCCCUUGCCCUCACUUUCAUGGGCUUCUCAUGCUGGCCAGUAACCCCAAUGCUGUGGGGCCUGCCAGAUUCGUGGAGUCCACAGAAACUCAUUUUAAACCACACUAAGUUGGGUCUCUCUGUUAAACUCUAAGAGUUAAACCCUGGAAGAGGUUUAAGCAAGAUGAUGAAAGCCUUUAAAAGACUGAAAGUGUGAUCUUCAGUGAAUCAAAGCACUUCUGCUUUUGUGUUAAUUGUAAGUGUGCUAAGAGAUAUAGCUUCCUCAUAUUUUACACAAAGAUGUAUGUCCUUCCAGCGUAAAAUGUUUUCUUCUACCCAAAGAUCAUAACCACGAUUCUGAAGCAAUGAUGUGUAAAUUUACAUUACAGAGCCACUUCUGACAUUCCACCAUGUGAUUUUCCAAGAUGGACUGUUGAACUAUAAAAAAGAGAAAUUGUUUAGUUGCGAGGUGAUCCUCAUCUCAUUCCUAACACAUAAAAAAUCAUUUUUACCUAGAAUCAAUAUGGUAGGUACGGUAGGAUAUGAGUGGCAAAUUUGGAAACUCAGAAAAUUACAAACCACAGGAAAUGUAGGCUUGUCUCUUUGAACUUUUAUUUUGGUUCUAUUGUUGGGAAUCCGCUUCCCAUGCCAUAACUAAGUAACUUAAUAUGCUGUGUAAUCCUAUUGCUUGACCCAAUGACUUUGAGGUCCUUGGAUAAAAUGUGACAUAUACAAGUACAGUAUGUUGCUAUUCUAUUGCAGGAGUAUAAGUAAUAAAAGACUGUUAUUAGUAUUUAAUAAGUGUUCAUCUAUGCAUGUUCUUGAGCUGAUUGAUUCCAAGAAAGAAACCUGAGUUUUAUUGAAUUAUUCCUUGGAGGGGAGUCAAAAUUUACGUUCAAUGCACUUUAUAAUCAAUGGUGUCUAAAUGCCUCAGGCAGUGCCUAAUUGCACACUCACAGAUUAGACCAUCUUUCUAUAAUCUACCAUAAUAAACGCUGAUGGUAUUUCUGUUAUUUAAA